UCUGGCAUCUUUGAUAAAAGGUCGUUGCCAUAAAGAUAUCCUCAACAUUACAAUCGUAAAUUUCACUGGGAAUUGGUAAAACUAUAGUAUGCAUUGCUUAUAUGCGAUAAAUUGAAGCGUCAAUUAUAUCAUUAAAGGCGUUUAAUUUUAUUUUUACAAAUCAAAAUUUUCUUUUAAAUAUAAAUUUAUUUACUGUAUCGUAUACUAUUGUAUUUGUUUUUAGUUAAGCGGAGAUUUAUUUAUAGUAUAAAUUAAAAAUGCGUUUAGUAAUUUGUGAUACAGUAGAUUAUGUGGCAGAAUGGUCUGCCAAAUAUGUUUUAAAAAAAAUAAAUGAUUUUGAACCAAAUGAAAAUAAAUAUUUUGUUCUUGGUCUUCCAACAGGAAGUACACCUUUGGGAAUGUAUAGAAAACUUAUAGAAUAUUACAAAGCUGGUAAAAUUUCCUUCAAAUAUGUAAAAACAUUCAAUAUGGACGAAUAUGUUGAUUUACCUGGGAAUCACUCUCAAUCUUACCAUUAUUAUAUGUAUAAUAAUUUCUUUAAGUAUAUAGAUAUUGAUCCAGAGAAUGCACACAUUCUUGAUGGCAAUGCAUCGGAUUUGGUAAAAGAAUGCAAUGAUUUUGAAAGAAAAAUUAAAGCAGCAGGUGGAAUUGAAUUAUUUAUUGGUGGUAUUGGUCCAGAUGGUCAUAUAGCUUUUAACGAACCUGGUUCCUCCUUGGCAUCACGCACAAGAGUAAAAACAUUAGCGCAAGACACAUUGGAAGCCAAUGCAAGAUUUUUUGAAAAUGAUAUUUCGAAAGUUCCAAAGCAAGCAUUAACUGUUGGUGUGGGUACGGUAAUGGAUGCUAAAGAAGUAAUGAUUCUUAUUACAGGAUCUCAUAAAGCAUUCGCACUUUAUAAGGCGAUAGAAGAAGGUAUAAAUCAUAUGUGGACUGUAUCAGCUUUCCAACAACAUCCUCGUACAAUAAUUAUUUGCGACGAAGAUGCAACGCUAGAAUUGCGUGUGAAAACUGUAAAAUAUUUUAAGGCUCUCAGUGCUGUACAUCACAAAUUGAUUGAGGAAGAUGGAGAUGCAAUCCCCCGUCGUUCAAUACAAAACAAUUAAAAUGAAUUUAUGGGACACUCAUAGCAAAUUAAUUGACGAGCCUGGAAAAAUAUCGAUAUAAUACGAUGUACACUUUGCUGUGUUAUACAUAAAGAAAAUAUUAAAUGUUUGACAUAGAAAAAAUUUAAAAAGAUGGAUCCGAAGA